GUCUAAAUAAAGGAGAAGGGAGAUAAUAACUUGAGAAAAGAGAAAAAGCAAGAGGUAACCAGAAAAUCAAUCUUUGACUCCUUUCCCGAGAAAAAAAAAGUAAAGAAUAGGAAAGCAAAAAAAAGAAAGACAAGAGUCACAACUUACAAUACAGGGCAAACUCAUAAACAAAGAUUAAUUUUUUGAAUCCUUCUAUCCAGGCAAUUAUGCGAAACGGAUUUUCGCUAGUUAUGUACAAGGUAACUAGACAUCUGAAAAAGAUAUACUUUUAAAACGUUCUGAUGCGCCAUUGAUGACUUAGGCCUUGAAAGUCCAGUAAACCGAAACAGAAAUAAAUAGAAGAAGAAAUAUACGUCAAAAUCUAUGAUAUCGAUAUAAAUAAUCAACUCAAAAACAUAAAAAUGUCGAGUUUAAUAUGUAUCUGUUCGUAUAGUCUUUGGGAUGUCCUGUUAAAUUCUAUAGUGCCAGUUGCCAUGCCUCAUGCCCUUCUGUUGAUUGGAAAGUGCGUAUGCGCUAGACUCACUAAUAUAUGAUUUCUAGUCGUGAACUAGGAUUAAGUGGCCGUUAUUUUCCUUGAUGUUUCAUAUUAUUUGUUUUCUUUUUAUUGAUUUGCAUUUUGCCUUUUAAUUUUGCUGUUUUUUGCUUAUUAUCGAUAUUAAUUAAUAUAUUUUAUUUUUGUCUUUCUGAUCCUCAGGCUUAUCAUUCUUUAUAUUUGCCCCUUUUAAGGUUGUGUUUAUUCUACAUUAAUUUUCUGUAUUCAAUACAUUAUUGAAUACUAUUUUGUGAUAUAGUACGUUCACUAACUAGUUGAAAAUAUUAAAGGUCUAAACAUACGAAGCUCAUGCAGUAAUGUUGGAAAACAUGCUUUUUGAUGUAGUUUUUCCACGAGAAGGUUUGCUAACUCGCUUGUCUAAACACCCGACGACUGCUUUUAUGCUCUUAUUGAUAGUAGUCCUUUCAUUCCUUUACGGGCUUUGUACUAUUCAAGAUCGGGCUUUUAUCUUCUCUACUGGUUCAUUUCACCCGAUUUUUUUUACACUUUGGACUACGGAGAUGAGUGAUGUAAUUGGAGCGAUUUCAGACUUCCAGUUAUGGUUUUUCGCGCCGAAUUUUCUCUUGCAGAUCGCUGGCUUCGCGAUUCGUUUGGGGAUCGUCAAUGCUAUCGUUAUUUCGUCUGGGGAGCUUCUGAUGGUAGUGUCGGCUUUUCGUUUUUUCGUGAUGCCGGUCGAGGGGAUUGUAGGAACCCGUUCCUGUGUGAAGUUGCUUGUCGCGGCCUACAUCGCGCGCGUGUUGUGGUUGCUAGUAAUGGUAUUGGCGGAGGUGACUUCGUACCGUGUGGUUGCCUUGCCCGCCACUUGGCGUGGCAUCGUGGAGAAAAUCAUGACGCUUCGCCCGGGUCCUAGUUGGUUGUGUGUGGCGUUCUACUUCUGGAAUGAAACUUUGCUUUGGAUGCGCCGCUCUACAUCUGCUGAAUCCUUGACUUCCACGGUUGAGGAGCAUUCACGAUGGGAUGAUGGGUCUCCUUUUUUUACCCGUGAGUUUGGUCAACGGGAAGGUAGGGAACCCGUCCAACAAACUGAGGAGUAUGAGGAGGAGCAACAACGGAGUAUAGCGUAUCCUUCAUGCGUUCGCUUGUUUAACAAGAUACCACUUGGGCCAGAGACGCUGAGAGCAGUAGUCGUAACCCAUUUGUUUUUGAGUAUUGCAUGGGGUGAAGUGGCGUUAGCUCUUUGCAUGGGAUUAAUGGGAAGUUUAUGGAUAUACCGAAGAUCUGGGAUUUUCUAA